CCUUCUGACUCUGUAGCAAGCCGACUAGCUAAGCUGUCUACCGACAGACAAGAGAACAGCGUCGAAAUUUAAAAUCGAAACGAGGUUUCGUCCAUGUAAUGACCGUCAGAUAGAUAUGCGGAUGAUCUUUCCAGGGAAACCGGUCAGCGGGGCAGUGCUGAGUCUGUGAAUGGAACUGUCGGUACUGACCUUGUACAGACGCCGCCAGUGGGGAAACCUUUGUUAUUGUUAUUGCUAACGCUAGCGCUAACGUUACAAUACAAAAAUAACUGCACUACUUCAGGUGUCUGAAUAGCAAAACAGUUUGGGAAUUAUUUGCAGUUGUCAGAAGGGCCUGUGGCCCGCAGUAAGCCUCCUCCGACAGUCCCUGCCACCACUGCCAUGCCUAACCGCACCAUCCACCUUUUCAACAAAGGCUUGCGUCUCCAUGACAACCCCACCUUGGUGGCGGCCUUGGAGUCGUCGGCGGCCGUGUACCCCGUAUUCGUCCUGGACCGCCACUUUGUGGAGAGCAGCACGCGCAUGGGGGCGCUACGCUGGCGCUUCAUCUUGCAGAGCCUGGAGGACCUCCACCGCAGCCUGCAGAGGCUUGGCUCGCGUCUCUACGUGCUCCAGGGCACCCAUGAGGCCGUGCUGCGGCGCCUGGUGGCCCAGUGGGGCAUCACCCAGCUCAGCUUCGAUGUCGAGGUGGAGCCCCACUACAAGCGGCUGGACGAGGAGCUGCGCGCCAUGGCCAGCGAGUUGGGUCUCGGGGUGCUCAGCUGCGUGGCACAUACCCUGUAUGAUGUGAAGAGAAUAAUCAAAGCUAAUGGUGGGCAGCCACCACUGACCUAUAAGAAGUUCCUCCAGGUGUUGUCCAUUCUGGGGGAGCCAGACAUGCCUGCACGUGAAAUCACAGAAAUGGACAUCCAGAAGUGCCCUAUGCCCAGCAAUGAAGGUGGCGAAGAGCAUUACCAGGUGCCGUCCCUCUCUGAGCUGGGCUUGGAGGUGGACAGCGAGGUGCUGUGGCCAGGAGGGGAGAGCCACGCCCUGGAAAGGCUGCAGAGGCACUUCCAGAGUCAGGGCUGGGUGGCCAACUUCUCCAAGCCGCGCACCAUCCCUAACUCCCUGUUGCCCAGCACCACCGGCCUCAGCCCCUACCUCAGCCUGGGCUGCCUCUCUGUACGCACCUUCUACCACAGACUCUCUAAGAUCUAUGCACAGUCGAAGAACCACUCCUUACCUCCAGUAUCACUGCAAGGCCAGGUGCUCUGGAGGGAGUUCUUCUACACAGCUGCCUUGGCCACCCCCAAUUUCACACGGAUGGUGGGGAACCCCAUCUGCCUGCAGAUCGGCUGGUACGAAGACCCUGAGGCCUUACAAAAGUGGAAAAUGGCUCAGACGGGCUUCCCCUGGAUCGACGCCAUCAUGACCCAGCUGCGGCAGGAGGGCUGGAUCCACCACCUGUCCCGCCACGCUGUGGCCUGCUUCCUGACCAGAGGAGACCUGUGGAUCAGCUGGGAGGAGGGCAUGAAGGUGUUUGAGGAGUUCCUGCUGGAUGCUGACUACAGUAUAAACGCGGGGAACUGGAUGUGGCUGUCCGCUAGUGCCUUCUUCCACCAGUACACACGCAUCUUCUGCCCGGUCCGCUUCGGCCGACGAACUGACCCUGAUGGACACUACCUCAGGAAGUACUUGCCUGUGCUGAAAAACUUCCCAUCUAAAUACAUCUAUGAGCCCUGGAAUGCUCCAGAAGAUGUGCAGCUCCAGUCAGGAUGCAUCAUUGGUAAAGACUACCCACUGCCCAUUGUGAACCACCUGGACGCCAGCCAGAGAAACAUGGCUCUGAUGAAGACGGUGCGCUGUGAACAAGCAAACACCACUGAGCUCACCAGAGAUGUGGCGGAUGACCCUAUGGAGGUGGGGGUGAAGCGAGAGCUGUCAGAGGAGGACGCUGUCGCCCAGGGAGACGGCACGGAAUGUAAUGGCGGCAUCUCUGUGGGGAAGAAGCAUUGCAGCUCGGAGAACGAGGGCCGUACGUGCAGCUGGACCCCCGACACCCACCGUCUGCAGGAGAUCAGCAGCAAGGUCAUGUAGAGGCGCCACACCAUGGACACCCUCAUCCCCUCCCCAGAACGACGCACUACCAGACACUAAACCAGUGCUUCGACUCGGACUGUUUUUUGUUUUUUUUCCUUUCAUUUGUCAUGCUCAACCCACCACAUCAGUUCAGCGUAACACUGACUAGCAUUUGUUAGCUGAUCUGCAUGUGGAUCAAAGUGUCCUCCUUCCACAACCUGUACACAUGUGUGCGAGGGACUGUGUCCUGGCACUAGUGUAUGGCUCUGCUAAAGAAGUUGGCUCUUUCCCUCCAGCUUGUAGUCGCUCUCUCUGACUUCUGAGCCAUGGAUCAUCCCAUCACAGGUCGAAUCGUGUGUCCACCAGACAUGCAGCGCUGCCUGAACAUAUGCAUCGUGGGGAGCCUUCACUCUAUCUCUUCCCAUCCAGUCCCAUCUCCCCGAUACCCUGUAUCAACUUCCCCGGAGUUAACAGACUAAUGAGACUAUGUCAAAGGCCGGAUGGGAAGGGGGUUCCUGCUAUGGAGGAUGGGUAAUGUUCUAAUAUGUCUCUGCAGAUGUAUCUGGCUACCUCCACCGAAUUAGAGAUUAUUUAGCAGGUACUGUUUUUUUUUGUUUUUUUUUUGUAACACAGUGGGUGAGUUUGAAGAUUAAUAAAGCUUCCUCGCGUUUUGCUUUCAACACCUUACAUGCUGCCAUUCACUUGAUAAACUGUGUUUACUUUCAAGGCUCUCAAGGAACUGUCAAAUAGGAUUUUCUUUUUACAUUUUUUUUAAUGCAGUUUGGUUGAAAUGUAGGAAUUUGAAAGGCUGCGCUGAAAUUGAAUCAAAGCAACUCUUGUUGGAGGUGUGGUGUAGCCAGUGGAUGUUAGCUUUUGGAAUUUAUUUUGUGACCUCAUAGGAUUCUAAUCCACAAAAAUCCUAGAGACAGGUUUUCUGUGUCCGGUAGCAGGAUGGACCAUUG